AUUAUCAUUUGCAAUUAAACCCUAUAAAAUGGCAGUUCCUCUCCGGCUCCUAACCCCUAGUCCAGUCCCUCACUGAUGGCUCACCGGCGAGUCCGAGCUCAGCCUCUGUCUCUACUCCGCCGCCGCCCAUCAGUCCUUCUCCUCGCUCUAUUUUCUUCUCUUCUUUUUCUCGCCUUCCUCCACAUCUGUGCAUCAGUACUGCGUCGCGCCAACGACCUUGGCCGGAGAUGCCUGGCUAACGCAUCGGUCUUCUCUGGCAUCUCCACAUCGCCGACGACCCGAACUCUGAAGAUUGCGAUGGUGAGCUUAACGCAGGAGGAAAUCAGUGACGGCGUGGGGCGACAAACGAGCCGGCGAUCAUUCCGCGGCGUUAUGGCGGCGGUGGGCGGAAACAAGCGGGCUUACGCGGCGCGGAUGGGAUAUGACUUCGUCGAUGCACACGAUCUUGUCGAUCCUGGCCGUCCCCCAAGCUGGAGCAAGAUCGUUGCCGUCCGUUCACAGCUCCCAAGUCAUGAUUGGGUUUUCUGGAACGAUGCCGACACAGUGGUAACCAACCCGGAUAUUUCCCUGGAGAAUAUUCUGGGUGCCGUAAUUGGACAGGCGGAUUUCGAGACUUCUCCCGAUUUUGUGGUGACGGAGGAUGUUAACGGGAUAAACGCAGGAGUCUUCUUUGUACGGCGAUCUAAAUGGAGUGAAAACUUUCUGGAAACAUGGUGGAACCUAACAUCUUUUGUGCAGUUUGGAUCGACCAAGAGCGGCGACAACGAUGCCUUGAAGUAUCUGAUUAGGAAUCUAUCAUCUCAUGAACUGAGAAGCCAUGUACGAAUAUCGCCGAUGCAGUGCCUUUUCAACUCAUAUCCUUGGUACCCCUCAUGGAAAUCUGUUCAUCAACUCAUCUUCUCAUCUGGGGCUGUAUGGAGAGGAGUAUAUUCCAGGGGAGAUUUCAUGGUGCAUUUAGCAGGUUUAGAUGACAAGAAGGAAUGGGCUGAUAGGAUUAUCCAAGAGCUUGAAGCUCAGAGGAGAGAUUAUGUGUAUUUAGCUAGGCAGAGACCCCUAUAUACUCCUUAGACGUUUACAUAUUUAUUAGUAUUGUGUAUUGUAUAUGUAUAUAGUUUUUAUAGGCAAUUUUUUAUUUCUAUAUAUUCUAAUUUUCAUAAAUAGUUUAAUUCAUUACCCUCAUUUGAGGUUAUAAACUAAUGUAAAAUUCUCAGAAUAAGAAUUUUAUCUUUAAUGAGCAAUUUAACCA